GGAGCGAAACCGCAGCUCGCCGUCACGUGUAGCCGUCGCCCGAAAAUACUUGGCAUCUAGUCUGGGCCAACAAAACUGUCCUCGCGACCGAAUCAUCGUCAUCGGGUGCUUGACGGAGAUAGCGCCCGAUCGAUCGCGCGGAGGAUGAGCAGACAUAGGCUAUUGCUAUUGUUGGUGGCGUUGACGGCACUGGUGGCGUUGACGACGGCGACGGAGUACAACGUGGUGGACUACGGCGCGAGGCCCGACAGCGGGGCGGACUCGGCAGGGGCGUUCCUGGCCGCAUGGAGUGCGGCAUGCAAUGACACGGGACGCUCCGGCUCCCGGCCGGUGCUGCGGGUGCCGGCGGGCAGGUUCCUGCUCAACCAGGCCUACUUCAAGGGGCCCUGUCGGAGCGCUGGCGUGGACGUGGUCAUUGAUAACAACAGCACCAUCUUCGCACCGCCGACAGUGGACAACAGGGCGUGGAUCAUGUUUCACCAUGCCGAUGGCCUGGCGAUUCGUGGUGGGACGCUGGACGGGCAGGGGCAGGAGUAUUGGGCGUGCAAGAAGGCCGGCAGGUGCACCGCCGGGCAGGGCCCCAGGACGCUUGACAUUAGCCAAUCCAAAGGCGUGAGCGUGAAGCAGCUGACACUGCUUGACAGCAAGGAAUUCCACAUGACCAUCUUCGACUGCAGCGGCGUGACGGUCCAAGGCGUCCGGAUCAUCGCGCCGGCCGACAGCCGCAACACCGACGGCAUCCACGCCAGCCACUCCCGCCACGUGAGGAUCCUCAACACCACCAUCGGCACCGGCGACGACUGCAUCUCCUUGGGGCCCGGCACCUCCGACAUGCUCAUCAGGGACAUCAAGUGCGGUCCGGGCCACGGCAUCAGCAACGGGAGCCUGGGAUGGCAGGACGGUGAGGAGGGGGUGAGAAACGUGACAGUGGACAGGGUGGUGCUGAAGGGCAUGACCAACGGCCUGCGGAUCAAGACGUGGGCGAUGCCCAACUCCGGCUCCGUCACAAACGUCUCCUUCUCACGGGUCACAAUGAACCGCGUGGCCAACCCCAUCCUCGUCGACCAGAACUACUGCCCCCGCAAGGGCGACUGCCCGGGCAAUAGCUUGGGGGUGCAGAUCAGCGACCUGUCGUACACGGACAUCAAGGGCUCGUCGGCGACGCCCGUGGCGGUGAAGUUCAACUGCAGCGGCACCAACCCCUGCAGCGGGAUCAAGCUCAGAAACAUCAGGCCGAGGUACCGGCACCAGCGGCCGGCGCAGGCCAAGUGCCAAAACGCCGGCGGGUUCGCGUCCGGAGAGGUCACACCGCCGAGCUGCUUCUGACGAUCGGAGUUCUCACUGGUUCGUGUACUACUAGUAUACACCUUCCACGGUUGCGUAAGAUAAAAAACAUGGUCGUGUGAUCAUUGCUUGGUGGAUCACAAAGCGACCCUUACAUGUAGCCCAGGCUAGUAGUUUUAGCGGAUUUACUGAUUCUCAAUUGACUGAGACAUAGUUAAACCAGAAUGAACGUCAUAAAUUUUGCAUGGUUGUUCUUGUUGAUUUUUUUGAGAUUUUUUAUUUGUUUUUGGAGAUGGCGAAUCAUGGUGUAAAAUCCCAUGGUUCUAAUUUGUGAGCGUAUAUGUUUACGGGAGCCCGGAA